AACUAGGCCUUCGCCUUCCCUCGCCAACUCCCCUUCCCACUCAUAGGAAAUUACAGAAUGGCCGGCGGCGCUGUUAUUACCGCAAACGAAAGUGGUUUUGCCCACCUCGUUGAUCCUACACGAAAGUGGUACAAUAACAAAAGACUCAUUAUCCUUAACGCUUGGAUCUUCCUUCUCCUCAUAACGUCCUCCACCAAUGGCUAUGACGGAAGUAUGAUGAACGGUCUUCAAUCCCUAGACCAAUGGAAGAACGACUUCAACCACCCAGGCGCAAGUAUGCUUGGUCUUCUCAACGCGAUCCAGAACAUUGGAUCCUUAGCAGCAUACCCCUUCACACCCUACGUUUCAGAUGGCUUGGGUCGUCGUCGGGCCAUUUUCCUUGGUGCAUGUCUCAUGGUUGUGGCGACUGCGAUACAGACGGCAUCUCAAUCGGUCAGGAUGUUCAUUGGUGCGAGAUUCCUGAUUGGGUUCGGAUUGACCUUUGCCGCCAACGCCGCACCUAUGCUGGUUACCGAAUUAUCUUAUCCUGUAUACCGUGCCCCCCUUACUUCCACAUACAACUCGCUUUGGUAUUCGGGUGCAAUCGUCGCCGCCUGGACAACUUUCGGUACUUUCAAAAUUCCCUCCUCUUGGUCUUGGAGACUCCCCUCCCUGCUCCAAGGCGUCCCCGCCGCCCUCCAAGUCGCCCUCGUCCUCUUCGCUCCCGAAUCACCUCGUUGGCUGGUUGCUAAAGGAAGAGAAACAGAAGCUCUUAAAACUCUGGCUUACUAUCACGCUGACUCGAACGAAGACGACCCCCUCGUUCGGUAUGAAUUCGAGGAAAUCAAAGCCGCUAUCGAAUUCGAUAGGACGGUGGCUUCGAACGUGGGGUGGAAAUCCUUGUUUACGACGAAGGGCAACUUGAAGCGUCUGAGGAUCAUCGUCGCUAUCGCCUUCUUCUCUCAGUGGUCCGGUAACGGACUGCCUUCCUAUUACCUCAACAAGAUUCUCGACCAAAUCGGUAUCAAGGACGCCACAGUCCAACUCCUCAUCAACGGUAUCCUCUCCAUCUGGAAUCUCUUCUGGGCGUUAUUGGCGAGUUCUAUGGUCGAUAGGGCAGGAAGAAGACUGUUGUUCUUGACGUCUGCGAUAGGUAUGCUAGUCUUCUGGACCGCACAGACGAUAUCCUACGCGGAAUUUGCCAAGCACGGGAAACCGGAAAGUGCCCAUGCUUUGAUUGCCUGCAUGUUUAUCUUCUAUGCGUUUUACGACCUCGCAUUCACUCCUCUCAUCGUCUCCUACACCGUCGAAAUUCUCCCCUAUCAACUCCGUGCAAAAGGUUUCACCAUCUUCAACUUCACUAUCUCCCUCGCCCUCAUUUUCAAUCAAUACGUCAACCCCGUUGCACUCGAUAACAUUACCUGGCGAUACUACAUCGUCUACGUAUGCUGGAUCGCGUUCGAAGUCGUGUACUUGUAUUUCUUCGUUGUUGAGACCAAGGGAUUGACGCUUGAAGAGACCGCGGCGUUGUUCGAUGGAGAGGAUACAGCGAGGCAGCUGUUUGCGGCUGGGAGGCAUGCGGUACAGGAUGACAAGGGUAGCAUUGAGAAGAGUACCGACGGUGAUGUGCUUACCAAGGUUUGAUUCCCCCCCCCCCCC